CACUUACAGGACGUGGACGCGGACGGACCGAAAAAUCCGCUCGAAAGAACGACUAGUUUGGCUCGCUCCCGCUCGGCUCGCCAACUAUUAGAACGAUGAGUACACGUCACGCACGCGAAGGCGACCCACCUGCCGAGCCAUCCGGAUCAAACGACCAAGUCGUUGGCCGGACCGGCAUCGGAACCAAGCCGCUCGCAGCGCAAUCGCCGCCUGACGACGAGGGCCACGACAACGGUGACGACCAGCAUGCACUUUAUGUCGAGGACCAACCCAGUCACGAGGACGUGGCGCGUCUCGAAGCCGACAACGACCGCAUGCACCGUAACAACGAGGCUAAGAACAUGGUUUUCGACGCUAUCUACGACCAGUUACCAGAGAAGAUCCAGGGCGAGAUGUCUAACUGUGGAGUCGGCUGGAGGAGCAAGGACGCGGGGCUCCAGUUCAGUAAACUGUCUGAGGCCGAGCUAAAGCGACUGACCACGUGGCUAUUGGAGCAUAAGCCCUUUGCAGAACUCAAAGAAUCCGAGUAUGCAGAUCCAGUGGUAAGCGUUGAGGAAGAGAAUCCUGACGGAGCAGAUGGUGUACCAGUGUUUCCUCAUGCACAAGUAUCAGCCACCCCUGCUGCACAAGAUGAGUGCACACAUUCCAGGGGUAAGAAAAAAGUUGAAAAGACAAACAGUGUGCUGGGAAGUGGGUCGUAUGGAGAGGUCAGGGUUGUGAAGCACAAGGGCAUAUGCUAUGCUGCGAAGGAACUAAAGCUAGAGGAUUCAGCUCUAGUCGACAACCUGUAUCGCGAGGCUGCCAAUCUCGCUCUGCUGGACGACGACAACAUUGUCAGGUUCUGUGGGAUCGGCGUGUACGAGAAACACCAUUGCCAAGGUGUGUUCCUGAUCCUCACUGAGCUCCUGGCUACAUCACUGCAUCGCUACCUCAUGAGACGUGUCGGUAUCUCGCUUCCGAAUCAAGUCUCUAUCCUCUCACACAUUCUGAGUGGGCUCGAGUACAUGCACCAGGAGCCGUCCAUCAUACACGGUGACCUGAAAACAAGGAACGUACUCUUAUCGGAGAAGGGAAUUGCAAAAAUCGGUGAUCUUGGAAGUUCCCACCUGGCCAAUGACAGCAUUGUUGGCCGGGAGGUGUGUGGGACUGAGGCUUACAUGGCUCCUGAAAUGGCCUCCGGGGAUUACACUAAGAAAAUGGACGUCUUUGCGUACGGGCAUCUUGCCCUUGUAACCCUGACACGAUGGGAAGUUGACACAGCCGAAUUCAGUACUCCUAAACCAAACUCCCCCAACAAGGAAAUUGAAAAGAGAAAGAAGCUGUUUGCCAUGCUCAAACGUCCGAUCUAUGCUGUGGUUGGAGAUUUUGUUCCCUUGAUCAGGGCGUGUUUGUGCGACAAGCCGGCUGAGCGUCUCGCCCUAGACAGACUGAAAGACCAGAUGCAAGACCUUCAGCUGCCACGAGAGCUUCCCAAUGUUCAAACUGACACUGCCGUGAGAGAAAUAUAAAGCAUUUCUAUGCUUUUCAUCACGUAGACUUCUUGACCAAUAAUAAUUAUGUCUUUGCUUUUACAAAUAAUAUGGAAAAUGUGUACAACUUAAAAGUAUUGUACAAUAUAAAAGUGUGUAGCAAUAAAAAGAGUCCUAAAGAUUGUUACGACACUUUAGCGAGUUGUUUCUGUUGCUUGCGAACGUUCCAGUGAAGACACUCUGCGAGACUGUCAAACCAAUCAGUCACAUGACCUGUGUUGUUGAUGGUGGGCACCGGACAGGCUGAGGUUGUCACCACCACACUGUGUGUGUGUGUGUGUGUGUGUGUUGGGUAUGGAUUAUCAACGAGAAAGAGGAAGGGAAUUUAAGAAAUAAUUAACUGGGGAGAGCGUGGGCGGCUUUUGUCAGCGUCAUAGCAUGUGACUGUCCAGGUGUCCGUAAAAUGAACAAACUGAACUACUUAAUAGUCAUGUGCCACUACUUUCCACAAGUAUUAUACACAUGGGUAAUGUAUUAUUUAUGCUAUGCUACAUUAUUAUGUUAUCCUAGCUAGAUUACAGUUACAUUAGUAUUAAGUAACAUACUUUACUUGGGGCUUGCAGCUUGUCUCACACACUCUGUGCCUGACU